AUGCGGUUAGAGUUCGAAUUGAAAUUUGAUAAUCAUGAAUAUCAGGGUUAUGCGCUGGUACUGGAUGGCUGUGUCUGGUUUUGGGUUGGGUUAAAGGAAAUCACAUCAUUAGGACUGGCACUUUUUCCAAUGUCAUCAAUGCUAAUUGAUACACCGAAUACACAAAAUGUGUGCGUCAAAGCCGUAACCAUGCGGAUAGCGAAACUUUUCCAAGGUCGACAAGUGUUUUUCUCAUCGGACAUUGAGGAAGAAGAACCGCUGUUUUGGGAACACCUCUUCGUAGCUUUGCAACCGGAAAUAGAGAAAAUCAAGGCUAGGAUCUCAGAUUAG